UCUGGCAGCACGUCGACGAAGGGUGUGCUAUCUAGGAAGAAUAAAUAGAAAAAUUAGAUUUUUUUCCCCGCCCAGUUUAUUUUGGCAGGAGAUAAUAUUUCAACUAUAGGACUUGUGGUGGAAGAAGAUCAUCAUGUCUGUAACUCUUGCCUUGAUCGGAUUGAUUGUUGGUCUACUUGCAUGGAGCACAUACAAGAGAAGAACUUACUUCAAGACACUCGGCCUUUCAGGCCCACCACCUCUUCCAUUGGUCGGUAACAUCUUAUCGUAUGGAGGGGGAAUGCACGAAGCACAUCAGGCAUGGAGAAACAAAUAUGGGAAAAUAUACGGUGUGUUUGAGGGGGCACGGAAAGCCAUCAUUACCUCUGACCUUGACAUGAUUGAGGAAGUCGUUGUCAAAAAAUUCAACAAUUUCUGCGACCGUCAAAUGGCGGAAUUGGUCAACGACCGUGCUCAUCUGUUUGUUACCAAUGUUCAGAAACGCAUCGACGAGGGGAAAGGCGAAAUGGAGAUGUCAAAGAUGCUUGGUUCAUUCGCCAUAGAGUCUGGUGCCUUGUGCGGCUAUGCAACCAAGAUUGAUACGCAGAAUCAGGACGAUACCACAUUUAUUGACAACGCCAAUUCUUUCUUCAAAGGAUUCAAAGAAAUCCAACUACCAUGGAUGCUUAUAUUGAUGUUCUCUUGGAUGGAGCCUGUGUUAAAGUGGUUUGGAUUCUCUAUUCACCCAAUACCAGCUUUUAACUUCUUCAGGGAUUUGAUCAAGGAUAUCAUCAAUACACGCAGAGCUGACCCAAACCGAAAGGAGUACGUGGACUUUCUUCAGCUCAUGAUGAAAGCCCAUAACUUCCAAGACGAAGAUACUCCCGAGGAAGAGAAGGUCGUUGUCGAUAUGAAACGGGAACUCACUGACGAUGAAGUUGUUGCCAUGUCCAUAGUAUUCUUCCUUGGUAACUACGAAACAACGACAACAACCCUUUGCUUCACCGCCUAUUUAUUGGCCACAAACCCAGAGGUACAGGAGCGACUGAUAGCUGAGAUUGAUGACGUCAUCGGUGACCGAACAAAACUAACGUACCAAGACGUCUCUGACCUGACUUAUUUGGAUAUGGUGUUACACGAGUCAAUGCGAGUAUAUCCGCCGGCCAUCGAGUUUGACCGGAUUUGUCAGUCUGACUGCGUCGUCAAAGGUGUGCAAAUACCCAAAGGUGUGAUGGUCGAAGUCCCAGUUUGGGUGGUUCAUCACGAUCCAGAGACCUGGCCUGAACCCUACAAAUUUGACCCUGAUCGUUGGGUACCCGAGAAGCGAGGGAAGAUGCAUCCCAUGUCAUGGAUACCAUUUGGAGCAGGCCCGAGGAAAUGUAUCGGGUAUCGUUUCGCCACGUUGGAGAUCACUUUAGUCAUGAUCCGUAUCCUGCAGAAGUUUCGCAUAGAGACCUGCCAAAACACAGAGAUCCCACCGAAUAUUGGCAAACAUGGACUGAUUCUCCCAGAGAAAGGAAUGACACUCCGGUUUACUAACAGAAAUAAGUAAUUAAUAGGAGACUUUCUGGGACGAUAAGUCUGCUGCCACCUAGCGUUGGAAAGUCUCCCACUUACGAUAAAAUUAAUAAACACAACCACCUCUCACUUAUAAUUCCUGACGUUAAGACAUUGUCGUUGUGUAGGCCUAGGUCCUAUAGGAUGUUCGAGAUUUCCUCAGCAGAGGUCUCGAAAUCAAUUCAAAUAUUUUUAGUGAGAAAUGACAUCUUUCUCAAAAACAACAUUACUUCAGA